UCACAUUUUUAGCUGUUUCUGUCUGCGCUCUCUGGUUUUGCUCUUCUCCCAUUCCUGUGGCUGAAGCGAAGUUUUGGCGAUGUCGGACAAAGGAGGAAAGGGCCACUCGCUGUUAAGCAAAGGAGGAUCCCUAAAAGGGAAGGAUGACAGUGCCACGAAAUCAGCUAAGGGAAGGAAGGUUCAGUUUGCUAAAGAAGGUCCAUUUGAAUCCGGAAUAAAUAUUUCCCCAAAAUCUGGUGGGAAAGGUGAUUUUAGCAAAGGAGGAAAGGGGGAUAAGGUUGCUAAUGGUGGAAAGGUUCCUGUGUCAAAAGACCCACCAUCAUCAGACCCUAGAGUUGAUCAAAAACUUCCAGAAAAUAUCAAAGGCCUGAUGGACUGUGAGGCUGCAGAUACUUUACUAGGAAUUCAACAUCAGAUGGUCACGCUAUCUAGAGAUCCAACAUUCAAAAUGCCUGUAUCAUUUGACAAGGGACUCAACUAUGCCAAAAGCACUAGCAAUUAUAAAAAUCCUAAGUCCGUUAGAGGCAUUCUUGAGCCUCUUGCAGAUUAUGGUCUCACUGAUUGUGAGAUAUGUGUGAUUGCUAAUUUGUGCCCAGAAACUGUUGAAGAAGUUUUUGCUCUUCUCCCAUCAUUAAAGAGUAGGAGAAGCCUUAACAGCCAAAUUCUUAAAGAUUCACUGAGCGAGCUUGCUAAGCUUAAACAGCCAAUGUAAAGCCACAUAAUGAAAAGACACGCAGGUAGCUAGGAGUACCCACUCUGGCAAAUCUAGCACAUGCCAAACACUUUUUUAGCUUUCUAACUGAGACAAUGUAUUGUAAAACUUAAUCCAUGUUUUAUAUUCGUUUUAUGUUUUCAGUCAAAUCCAAUAGACUGUAAAAAGGUCUAACGUGGAUGUCAAGUAGAUGGAUUUUGUAUGUACAAGACCAUAGAUCUUCUAUAUGGUAACAGGAGGAAAACUUGAUAACAGCAAGAGGCGAUAUAAUAUCCAUUUCCCAGUUGAAGAUU